CUGCAGAGCAAGCCACAGUUCACCACCGCUGCACGCACGCACGCACACUACCAUCACAAUUCACAAGUCCUCCAUGGCGUCAUCUCACGUUGUUAGCCUCCUGGCCGGUCUCCUCCUUGCCGCCCUCGCCGCAAGCACAGACGCGGCCACCAUCACCGUCGUCAACCGGUGCUCCUACACGGUGUGGCCGGGCGCGCUCCCAGGUGGCGGCGUGCGUCUCGACCCAGGCCAGUCGUGGGCUCUGAACAUGCCGGCCGGCACCGCGGGCGCCAGGGUGUGGCCGCGCACGGGGUGCACCUUCGACGGCAGCGGCCGUGGCCGGUGCAUCACCGGAGACUGCGGCGGCGCGCUGGCAUGCCGCGUGUCCGGCCAGCAGCCCACCACGUUGGCCGAGUACACCCUGGGACAGGGCGCGAACAAGGACUUCUUCGACCUGUCCGUCAUCGACGGGUUCAACGUUCCCAUGAGCUUCGAGCCCGUCGGCGCGUCGUGCCGUGCUGCGCGGUGUGCCACGGACAUCACCAAGGAGUGCCUCAAGGAGCUGCAGGUGCCGGGAGGGUGCGCGAGCGCGUGCGGCAAGUUCGGCGGCGACACCUACUGCUGCCGGGGCCAGUUCGAGCACAACUGUCCGCCGACCAACUAUUCGAAGUUCUUCAAGGGCAAGUGCCCCGACGCCUAUAGCUAUGCCAAGGACGACCAGACCAGCACCUUCACCUGCCCUGCCGGAACAAACUACCAGAUCGUCCUCUGCCCUUAAAUUACGUCAUUGGUAUAAUUACUGGGAUCAAUAAGGAAUAAGGACUACUCUCAGUCCAGUUAUGAUCAGCAACCAUGUGUAUCAGCAACCAUGUGUACUAACAUAUAUGCAUGCAUGACUAGUGCGUGUAUGUCGAUCGAGUUGUCGACCAAUAAUAAAUAAAUUGUUACGUAAUUAUAUGUA